UCUUCCAUAGCUGUCUUCCUAUUCCUUCCUUUUUGUCUUUUAAACACUACCCACUUGCACCACCUUCAUCUUCAUCUUCAUCUUCAUCUUCACCUUCAUCUCAUUAGCUAUCUUCUUUUUGUGAUAUCAUGGAAUUUGAACAAACCAUGGUAGGAAAGACCUAUUGGCACCCAAAGACAGAAGUAGUUCAUCAUCCUCACCAUGACAAGCAUCCUUUUAUGAGAACCAGUUCUUCCAUAAGAAGCAGUAAUAUUCCUGACUUUGAUGAUCACCAUAUCCAUCGGUCGGAGUCCUUCGGAAUGCUCGACGUGGGUGUAACAAAGACUGAUCCUGCAGAGACCAAAUUUGAGUGGCUGCGGUCACAGUUGAUCGGACACGAUGUUGAGUUCGACACUCCCUUUGGAAAACGCCUUCUCACCUAUGCCGACCACACUGCCUCUGGUAGAGGUCUUCACAUCAUCGAAGCAUUCAUCUCCAAUAAUGUUCUUCCUUUCUAUGGGAACACACAUACAAGUGAUAGCUACGUGGGGCACAAGACGACCAAGAUGGUGAAGGAAGCUACCAGAUACAUUAAGAAUUGCUUGGGCACAGGACCAGAUGAUGCACUCAUAUUCCCUGGCUCCGGCACCACUGCAGCAAUCAAGCGUCUUCAAGAGGUGAUGGGAAUCACAGUGCCUUCAACCAUGAGAGAAAGGAUACUCAAGAGCCUAAAGAGUGAGGAGAGAUGGGUGGUCUUUGUUGGGCCAUAUGAGCACCACUCCAACCUUCUCUCAUGGCGUAAUAGCUUAGCAGAGGUGAUCGAGAUCGGUCUGGACAAUGACGGAUUGCUAGACAUGCGAGCCCUAAGUCGCCAACUUGAGCUUUAUAAGGAUUCCAAUCGUCCUAUGUUGGGUUCAUUCUCAGCUUGUAGCAAUGUUACCGGAAUUUACUCCGACACUCGUGCCAUUGCCCGGCUUCUUCACCAACAUGGAGCUUUUGCUUGCUUUGACUAUGCUGCAAGUGGUCCUUAUGUAGAGAUCGACAUGAGAUCAGGGGAGCUAGAAGGCUAUGAUGCAGUUUUCAUGAGCCCUCAUAAGUUCCUUGGUGGGCCUGGAACCCCUGGCCUCCUUUUGAUGAACAAGGCCUUGUACAAGUUGAGAUCUUCUGCCCCUUCUACUUGUGGAGGUGGAACUGUUGAUUUUGUCAAUGGCUUCAGUGAAGAGCACACUUUGUACUAUGAAGAUGUGGAAGAGAGGGAAGAUGCAGGAACCCCACCAAUAGUCCAGAAGAUAAGAGCAGCACUUGCUUUCUGGGUGAAGGACUUCAUUGGUUACAAUGUGAUCGAAAACCAGGAACAUGUCUACAUAAAUGCAGCCCUUAAGAGACUCCUUCCCAACCCAAACAUAUCAGUGUUAGGGAAUACCAGUGUCGUGAGGCAAGCUAUCCUCUCUUUUGUGAUUUUCUCUGGGACUAAUUCUUCCUCUUAUUACAAUGGAGGAGAUAGAAAGGGCCUAUAUAUGUGGGAAGAAUCAGGAAACAAGAAAGAUAAGCCUCUUCAUGGACCUUUCGUGGCAAAGCUCCUCAAUGACCUCUUUGGCAUUCAAGCUCGAGCUGGGUGUGCUUGUGCUGCACCUUAUGGUCACCAUUUACUUGGUGUUGAUGAGAAUCGUUCACUAGCUUUUCGAUCUGCUAUCGAAAAGGGCUACACUGGUGUAAAACCUGGAUGGACUAGACUAAGCUUCCCAUACUACAUGUCUAAAGAAGAGUUUGAGUUCAUUCUAGCUGCAUUGGAAUUCAUUGCUGCGUAUGGUCAACGAUUUCUUCCACUAUACAGCUUUAACUGGAAGACUGGUAAUUGGGCCUUUAAAUCAAGAGCUUUCAUGGAGAACAUACUAGGAGAGGAUUACACACUCGAUCCAGUCGAAUUUUCAAGAAGUGAAGCUAAGCCUGGGAUGAAAAUUAUUAGCAUUAAUGGAACAAGGAAUGGUGGGGAUGAUGAUGAUGAUGAUCUUGAUGAGAAGGCCACCAAUAUUGGAGUCAUCAGAAAAUAUACCCAUUACUUAGAGACAGCUAAAUAUGCAGCAAGUUUCCUCCCAAAGUUCCCUCCUCAGCGAAAAAUUCCAAAAGAAAUUGAUCCCAGCCUUGCAUAUUUUAGGGUAUAGAGUUAGCUCUCUUUCCCAGUAUUGUGAAGCUAAUAUAUAUGUGUUAAGAAUCCUUAACACUAUGGCUAUGGAAUAAGGAAUGUUUUCAGCCAAAAAAGAAUAAGGAAUGUACUGUGAAACAAUUGACAGAUCGAUGUGAUUAGCAUGUAUCACUCUUUCUUCUAAUAUAAUAUUUUGUUUAGCUCUAAAAAAA